AUGGAGCGCGAGCUGGAGGCGCUGGCGGCCCGGCCCGCGCUCCCGGCCGAGCCCCCCUUCCAAGCGCUGCUGGAGGCGGCGGGCGGGCGCGGGCAGGUGCUGCUGGUGGGCGAGCUGUGGGAGCGCGAGCAGAGCCGGGCCCUGCUGCGGGACUUCGCCCGGGCGGUGUUCCCGCCGGAACGAGCCGCCGGCAAAUCGGGCGACGCGGUGGCCGAGGGCGCCGGGCUGGGGGCGCCGGGGGCGCGGUGGGCGCCGGGCACGGCCAGGACGCGCGCGAUCCGCUCGCCGCUCGUCUUCGCGCUGUGCCGGGCGUCGUCGCUGGCCGCCAGGGAGCCUCGGCGCCGCCUGCGGGAGAUGCUGCGGGACGUCCGCGACCGGCGGGCGGCCGGCGUGGCGCUGGUUGGGGUGCUGGUGGCCGAGGCUGGGCCGGAGGACGCGGCGGCUCCGAUGUUGCGGCUUCUGGAGGCGCUGCUGCGCACCGUGUUCGGUCGCCAGGCGGGAGGCCCGGUGCAGGCGGCUGCCUAUUGCCCCGGCCACCCUGCCUCCAGCCUGGCCGUCAAGGCGGCCGCUAGCAGGGCCCUGCAAGCCGCCGGGCCCGCGCGACCAGCAGAAGGAGCCUGGGGAAGACCCGGCCUCCCGGCGCUGUUGGCGUGCUUUUCCUGGGGUUCCUGGAGCCGGGGAAAGGACCCAUAUGCCACCUCCUCCAGUGGCCCAGCUCAGGGUAACGUCCAGGAACCCGAGGAGGAGCUGGUGCUGACAGCCGUGCUUUCCAAUGGAGACUGGGAGGGUCCUGGAAAGGGGUCGGUAGCCGGUGAGAGAGCUAUCCACAUGCCCGAUGAGCCCGCUGGAGAUGCGAGCUGAAGUCUGGAAGCCCGGGCUGCUCCAGCUCUGACCUGCAGACUGGGGGCUGGCUCCUCCUCACUGCGCCCCUAGGGCUCCACGCUGACCUUUGGAUGGUGGCCACUACGAAGACCACACUCCCACGGGGCUGAGGCACUGACUGUUACCAGCAAAGCAGCGGGACUUGCUAAGCUG